AGUCAAAUCCGUGCUGGCUGAGUCCUCUACGCCUCGCUCGACCUCUCAAACAAAGAUCCCCUCUCCAUGCCUUCAACUCGCUGCACUUGCACCACUCUCUUUUGCAGCUGACUGACCGAUCAUUCUCUAUGAAUCUUUCUCUGACGUGACUCCAAAUUCCGUGCCAGCAGCGUCUCCCACUCUCUCCCAGCUUCGACUCUUCCAUUUUUUUGUCACAAAUGGAAUCUGAGACCGCCUUUAUGUCGAGAUAGCAUUGAACGUCACCCUGCGUCGUGACUUGGCAGCGAGCCAGAAGACCCGAGAUCUUCCACGAACUCCACGAAUAUCUCGAUCCUCUGGCAGAUACAACCCUUCAAUAUGCCGUUACUCGUCGUUCCCGAGUCGGGCUUCACCUUGGAAAGCUCCCCAGGGGGUUCUUCCAAGGCUGGCUCUGUCGUACCGGAUGUCUUCGGACUGACUCUGACUGACGGGAUGAUUGAGGAGAUGAUCAAGUGUGUGCAGAAUGGAAAACCCAUUCAAUUGUCCUUGGGCGAGCAUCCUUCUUUCUCCUACGGCACCAAAACCCAACAUCUUGCCUCAUCGCACGAUCCAUUCACAUACGACCUCUAUCAGAGUACCAAUUCCUCCGACAGCGAUUCCUCUGACAGCGAAAUGGCGCCCUCCCACUUCAUUCCGAAGAAGCCAGCACUGCUUGCCAAUAUGGGUCCGAGAAACCUGCUCUUCCCAAGCACAAGCAAGAUCGCUGUUGUCAAACCUACCUACCGAACUGGAGUCCAUCCCAAAACUUCAGGAACUGUAGCAGGCGGCGACCCGGCUCUUGCGCAACUGACAAAUCAUAAUGCUGCCAUCGAGUCGAACAAGCAGGCGAAUACGGUUAAAUUCAUCAAGGAUGGCAGUUUGGGUAUGCCCGGCCGAAAAGGUGCUCCAGCUAAGGGUGCCACCAACAAGAACAAGUUCCUGUCCCAAAGCCGCCUUACUAGCGAUGCGACACGUUCUAUCCCUUCGAGCCCCUCCCUCAAUGCUUCUGGUUCUCCAUCCCUGGGCGCUACCUCCGUUCCGUUCUCUACACAACAGUUUGAGCAAGCCAAGGCUGCGCGGAAGCCAGUCAUACACCUUCUGGCAGUUGAACCGAUGACUGAGAAGGCUCUGCGCGAGAAACUCCCCAACAUUACGAAAGAGGAACUCAAGCAAGUCCUGGAGAAAGUCGGUGAUCGGGUCGAGUCGAACAACAGCAAGUGGGAGUUGAACAAGAAGUACUACAGAGAGUUGGAUGUAUGGAGCUUCGAUUAUGAUCCGAUCAGCGACCGCCAACGUGCCAUUGAUAAUGCUGUCAGACAGUAUGACAAGCUGAGAAUCAAUGCUUCCGAACCAGAGUGGGACCGUCUCUUGAUCAAGGCAGAGCGCGGUACGGGAAAGUGUUUGAGCAAGCUUCAGGUUUCGAUCGCACAAGGUACAGCUGGAAGAGCUCCCAAGAUCAAAGUCCAGAAGGCGGACGGUUCUGAUACACCCAAUGGCGAGGAGGAGGAUCUGUUUGGCGACAAGACUGUCUCAAAGGUCAAGGGCGAGAGUACGACCCGAUCGACAUCUCAACCACCGGCCACAAAGACAAAGAAGAUUAGUGAGAAGGAAGCUCAAGCCAAGCGUCUUCUGUCUAAGAACCCCAGCAAAGCUGCUGCCAAAGCUGCGCCUAAGGCUGCACCUGCCAAGAAACAGGCUGCCGCACCCAAGGCUGGUACUAAGGUCCUCUCAUCCGAGUUUGUCGAAGAGUCCGAUGAUGAGCUCCCCCCUCCAGCACCCAAGCCGAAGCCAAAGGCACCAAUGAAGCGUCCCCGCGAAGAGGAGGAAGUUGAGACGAGCGAUUCCAGCGUUCCCCUCAGCAAGAAAGCAAAGAAAGAGACCCCUGUCACCAACCACCGAGUUUCUGAUGCAAGCCAAACAUCCCGCACUACUACUAGCUCCACCUCAUCCUACAACUCCGGCUACAAUUCUACCAAGAAUAAGAACACUUCCCCUCACAAAUCCUCACCACUCGCAUCAUCCCCCCCUACCAACGCCUCCGAAUUCGAGAACUCUUCCGGCGACCGUACCUCAUCGUCCGCUUCUCCAGCUCACCCUUCCCUCAAGAACAGUCAUUCCCCCAUCCACAAGCGUCAUCAAAAGUCCUCAUCUGUUGCUUCCUCUGUCUCCUCCAGCGGAUCGACACGCCUGAGACCUGAAGUCGCUGACCUGGCUCGGAAGUUCAAGAUGUACUAUCCCAAGUAUGAGGUUUUGUACAAGGAGAUCACAGCCAUGGGAGCUAGCGGUCAACGAGAUCAUUCCAAGGAGAAGGAUCUUUUGGAGAUGCACGCCCGUUUGGAAGAUAUGAAGAAGUCGAUUCAAGCUGGCAUCAUCAGCGAAUCAGACAGCCAAUAAGCCACCCGACCUUGGAUGUUUCUCUACGACCAAAUCACCCGAUUGAUUUAACGGCCUGAACGUCUGUCACAUUACACAUACGCAUUAUGACACUCACUCGUUCUUACUGGUGUUACAUAUUCCCCAUAUCGCAAC